GUUUCAGUCUCUCUCUUCUCUCUCUCUCUGAAGAUGCCCUUUCGUAGCUCUAGCGCACGCAAAAGAUCAUCCCUUUUGACUAAAACUUUCUCACCCUAAUCUCUCCUUUCCUUUCCCUUCACUUUGUUUUCAUCAUCUCUUUCUUUGUCACCACCAACACAGAACCUCAAUUUUCACUUCCAACAAAGUUGUCUUUCUUACUUUGGAUCUUGUCUUAAAAAGAAUCCUGUUCGGUUUCUAGGGAAAAAAGAACCAAACUUUAUACUUUGAGAGAAUUGGGUUUCUUAUUUCAUCUUCUGGGUCUGAAUCAGAUCUUUAAUCAAAUUGAGUAUGGAUGUGAUGAGAGGGAGUGAUCUGUUGUUCUAGGGCUAAUUGAAGUGACUUUUUUUUUUUUUCAUUGGUGUUUGCUUUUUUGGUGGGUAUGGUGAUCUGAGUGGAGAUUAGGGUUUGUUCAUAUGGCUAUAGAGAAAGACUCUGUUAAGGUUGUGGGUGGGGAGAAACAUGAAAAGGAGAAGACUUUGAGUAAACAGAGUGAAAGUGGGUUUUGGUUCAGAAUCAAACUCAUUUUCAGUUGCAUCUCUUCUAGAUCAAAAGUUGAUAGUUCCUUGAAUGCCACCACCACUGUUGUUGCACCUAAGAAUGUUAUUGAGAAACGUGAAGAUCAUCCACCUCCGUCUAAAGAUGUUGUUAGCCGUCCGGGGAGUGGCUCCACAACACCACUAAUCAGUGGGGAAUUGAAGUAUUCUUCUAAGCUAAGGAUAUUCAUGUUUAACGACCUCAAGUUAGCCACUAGGAACUUCAGACCAGAGUCUCUUCUCGGUGAAGGUGGGUUUGGAUGUGUUUUCAAAGGAUGGAUUGAGGAAAACGGAACGGCUCCGGUCAAGCCUGGUACUGGUUUAACUGUAGCUGUCAAAACACUGAACCCAGAUGGCCUUCAAGGUCACAAGGAGUGGCUGGCUGAGAUUAACUUUCUUGGUAACCUUGUUCACCCAAGCCUGGUUAAAUUGGUUGGCUAUUGCAUGGAAGAAGAUCAAAGGCUACUUGUUUAUGAGUUUAUGCCUAGAGGAAGUUUGGAGAAUCAUCUUUUCAGAAGGACAUUACCUCUCCCUUGGUCUGUGAGAAUGAAAAUCGCGCUUGGUGCAGCUAAAGGUCUUGCUUUUCUUCAUGAGGAAGCUGAGAAGCCAGUCAUUUACCGCGAUUUCAAAACAUCUAACAUUUUACUAGACGCUGAAUAUAACUCAAAGCUAUCUGAUUUUGGGCUUGCAAAAGAUGCACCAGACGAGAAGAAAUCACAUGUAUCAACAAGAGUCAUGGGAACAUAUGGUUAUGCAGCUCCUGAAUAUGUAAUGACUGGUCAUUUAACAACGAAGAGUGAUGUGUACAGCUUUGGAGUAGUGUUACUUGAGAUACUAACUGGAAGAAGAGCUGUUGAUAAAACCCGUCCCAACGGUGAACAAAACUUGGUGGAAUGGGUGAAACCUCAUCUUUUAGACAAAAAGAAGUUUUACAGACUGUUGGAUCCUCGCUUAGAGGGUCACUUCUCGAUCAAGGGAGCUCAGAAAGCCACACAAGUAGCGGCACAGUGUCUUAACCGAGACUCAAAAGCUAGACCAAAGAUGAGUGAAGUUGUGGAGGCCUUAAAGCCUUUACCAAGUCUUAAAGACUUUGCUAGCUCUUCCACGUCUUUCCAGACAAUGCAGCCUGUUGCCAAGAACGGUGUUAGGACACAAGGAGGUGGGUUUGUGUCGAGAAACGGACCGCCUUUGAGGAGUUUGUCUAGUUUAAACCUGCCUCAAGCUUCACCUUAUCGCAAUGCGAGGCAAUCACCAAAGCCUAGUCAAUCACCAAAGCCUAAAGGAAAAGAGCAAUGACUCAAAGUAAUAGGGAUUUAGUUCAUCAUGCCUGACCAAGGUUUUGCGGAUUGUGGCUUCAUGUUGCAUUGAUUCUUACGGUAUUCUUGGUUGCAACCUCUUUUUUUUUAAAAAAAACGCAGAGCAAAAGAGAUGGUCUGUGGAAACUGAAAGCUUUGGAAUGUUUGUGUUCUUUGAGUGGAUGGAACUCAGGGAAAGUAUCUUUGGUCCUGAAGGUCUAAAGAUUUUGAUGUGGUUUUUAAUGUGUUAGAAAUGUAAAGGUUGAGAGUGUAAAGUUCUUGUAAGGAUAUAUAUAUAAAACCUGUUUGUCUGUAAAACCUUAUGUUUACCCUGUAAUAUAUGUCUUGCUAUGCAUUUAAUGUUUAAUGUGUAGAAAGAAAUGAAAAAUUCACCUUUGUGGGAAGGACCCGAGGAACAUACACCA